AAUAAUCAAGAUUUGCAGAUUUGUGAACUCACACACACCAAAGACUGAAACUAAACAAACAAACAAACAUCGUCGUCUUCAUCGUCAUAAUCAUCUAAUUCUUCUUCUUUGUUCAGCUUCCGUAACCGUAACGUUAACGUCGUCGUCAUCGUCGUUUAUCCCAAAACGAUGGACUUCACCACUUUCGCAAAUUCCAUAUCCUAUUCUCAUGCAAUUCCUCCAAUACACCCUUAUCGCCUUCAACCCUCUCCUUUUCCCCUUCACCUCCCAUUUUCGAAUUUAAAGCGUUCGGGUUUGGUUAAGAAUCGGCUAAUUGCUCGUUGCACUUCUAAGUCCGAUGAAUUUGGUUCUGUUAAUGGGUUGCAAUUCACGCCCAAUAAGCUUUUUGUGGAGGAGGCUAUUGGGGCUGAAUAUGGGGAAGGCUUUGAGACUUUUAGGGCAGAUGGACCACUAAAAGUUGAUGUGGACUAUUUGAAUGAGAAAUUGCAAGAUGGUUUUCUUCAGCGCAUACGCUAUGCUAUGAAACCAGAUGAAGCUUAUGGACUGAUCUUCUCUUGGGACAAUGUGGUGGCUGGUACACGAGCUCUAAAAAGGAAGGCAUGGGAGCAGCUGGCCUUUGAAGAGGGAAAGGAUAUUCCAGAAGAAGGUGAUAUGCACAAAUUACUGUUUUAUGCAGGUGCUGAUUAUGUGUUGCAUAAGUUUUUUCUCUCAGAUAAGGCGGAAAAUGAGCUGAAUAGGCUAAAGUUAAGGUUUUCUCAGAUAUAUUAUGAUAAUCUUGUCAGACUUGAAAAACCAAUGGAUGGCCUCAAUGACUGGUUGGAAGCAGUUUAUACAGCUCGCAUCCCCUGUGCUGUGGUUUCAAGUCUUGAUAGAAGAAAUAUGUUAGAGGCUUUGGAGCGAAUGGGGCUCAGCAAGUAUUUCCAGGCAAUUGUGACAGAAGAGGAUGGAAUGGAGUCAAUAGCUCAUAGAUUUCUUUCUGCUGCUGUCAAGUUGGAUCGGAAACCUUCCAAGUGUGUGGUUUUUGAAGAUGAUCCUAGAGGAGUAACUGCUGCGCACAAUUGUACAAUGAUGGCCGUAGCAUUAAUUGGAGCUCAUCCUGCGUAUGAUUUGGGGCAGGCUGAUCUUACCGUUGCUAACUUUAGUGAACUUUCUGUGAUCAACUUGCGAAGACUAUUUGCUAACAAGGGUUCUUCAUUUAUGGACUUACAGAAGCAGAUCAUAGAGAAAACUCCUCCCAAAAGGAAACUUACGAUAGACACCAUUUUUUAAUACAUUUUCCUUCCCAUCCCCCCCCGCUAAAUUUCCUUGUAAUUAAAUAGUUAUGCUGUCGUAAUUUUUUUUUUAUAUAUAAUAAAAAUUGCAAUCAGUUCGGUCUGAUUUAAUCCGUAUGUUUUAUAUCAAUUUCUUUUCUUUUCACUUA